CCGGAGAGAUUCCAUUUGGAACGUUGAGUGUUCGUAAGUUCCAUCAGCGGAACGUCGGGGCUCCUCCUCGGGAACCGACGGCCCGCCAUGUGGCGGAGCAGCCGCUGCUUGCGGGCGCUGCUGAGGCUGAGGCCUUGGCAAGCCGCGGGAAGAGGAGGAAGCAGCGGGUUGUGUGAGGCUGCGGCGGCGGCUCCCCGCGUUCUCUCGCGCGCGGGCUCGCUGGGGUUGCGGAGAUUCAGCGCGGCGGGCAGCUCGGAGCUGCGGGAUGCAGAGGUGGAGCAAGGCUUGCAAGACGACGGGGCAGCCGGGCAAGAGCAGCGCAUUCGCUCCGGUGCCGGAGAGGCUGCGGGUGCGUCUGAUCAUGUCUCUUCAGUAUUCAGCAUUGACUACAUGGUAUCGCUUCUGAGACAAGAAAAUGCCAAGGACAUUUGCGUUAUUGAGUUGCCUCCAGAACUGAAAUACAGCCAUUAUUUUAUAAUUGUCAGCGGGACAUCUCCCAGGCACCUCCAUGCCAUGGCUCAGUACCUGGUCAAAAUGUAUAAGCAUUUGAGGACAGACUGGGAUCCCCAUGUUGUAAUUGAAGGGAAAGAUAGCGAAGAUUGGAUUUGCAUAGAUUUUGGUAAUAUUGUGAUCCAUUUCAUGUUGCCAGAGACACGCGAAAUCUAUGAACUGGAAAAGCUGUGGACGCUCCGAUCUUAUGAUGAUCAGUUGGCACAGAUACUGCCAGAAUCCUUGCCUGACGAUUUCAUAAUUGGGUUAACUCCUGAACAGCAGUGAUUGGUCUCCCAAGUAGGGGAAAGAACAGGUCUGCAUACACCGCACAGCUGAGGCUUGGGUGUCAGUUCUUGGGAGAUGCAGCAGGAAGAGAGGACAGAAGCCUCAAUUGGAGACCUUGGUGGCAAACAGACUCAUACAGAAUACUCCUCAAGUGAAUAUGAAAAAGGAAACUUGGUUUAUGUAUUGCAAAAAGCCUAUGUUGUGGGUAUAAAGCAGAGAUGAGAUGACUUUUGAGAGCCUAGUAAUAAUUCCCCACCCCACCCCCGAAUCUGGGUCUUUCUUACCAGUAGCUGCUGGUGGAACAAAAGUUGGUUGCAGUACUACAUUAUUGGCAACAGGUGAAAGUCUGUCUGAAAGGUACUUUGGUUAGUAAUUUAGCCCAAAGUGGAAGGAAUACAUUCAUUCUAAAAUGGUUUCUGAGUUUUAUUCAUUAACCUGGGUACAUGGUGCCUAUUGCUAUAGGUCAGGCAUCGGCAAACUUGGCCCUCCAGAUGUUUUGAGACGGCAAUUUCCACCAUCCCGGACUACUGGUCCUGUUAGAUAGGGGUGAUGGGAGUUGUAGUCCCAAAACAUGGAGGGCUGAGUUUGCCUAUGCCUGCUAUAGGUGCUCCUAUAACAUCAGCUUGGGGGUAAUGGUUGGCUGAUCCAUUUUCCUUUUCCAGAGGUUUAUAAGAGCAAAAGGGAGCAGCCACAAGGGCCAUUUGGAUUUUUGUGCAGACCAUUCUAAUAGGCCCAGAAGAGUUUAGAAAGCUCAGUAGACCUACUACCACGUAGUCACCUGUCCGCAACAACAGAACUGCUUUGAGUUGUCCUACUCACCAACCGCCCUCAUCCCAUUCAACAGCCACCCAGAGCUGUACGGGUGUCCCCUUGUUACACAAACCACGAAAGUGAGCCACGUCUAACAAAACUGUCUCAACAUGAAUGUUGGAAGUACUACGACAUACCCAAGUUUAGGGAACUCAAAGGUCAAUCCAACUAAUUUAGGCAGAAAAGUUGUGUGCUAGAUGGCUAGUGGCCCAAGUGUGCUUAUCCUAGCCCAGGCAUCCCCAAACUUCGGGCCCUCCAGAUGUUUUGGACUAUAAUUCCCAACAUCCCUGACCACUGGUCCUGUUAGCAAGGAAUCAUGGGAUGCCUGUCCUAGCCAGUAUGAGUACAGGCUUUCAGACUAACAUAAGGGCUAGUUUCCUCCUCUGCCAUCACUUUAAAUGGAAACGUGGAAAAUUCAAGAAAGCAUAAAUGCUUCUAUAUUUUGAAUAUAAGCAGUAUAUACAAUAGAUGAAACAAAUUAAAGGUAACUGGGAAGAAAACAUUCUAGGAUAGUGAAUUUAAAUUCAUGAUGAAUAAAGGCUUGUUUAAAAGAACA